AUGACUCAAGAAAAAGUGUCCCCUAUCCCGGCCAGCGCCGACUACUAUGACCUGGGCUCUUUCGGCCAUACAGUGACCACCACCAGCUCCGAUGCCCAGACCUGGUUCAACCGAGGGUUGACCUGGGUCUAUUCAUUCAAUCAUGUGGAAGGGGCCUUUUGUUUCGAACAAGCCAUUGCUCAUGACCCUUCAUGUGCAAUGGCAUACUGGGGCGUCGCCUACGCUGUGGGCUGCAAUUACAAUAAGGCGUGGGAGAGGUUCGACAAAAAUGAUCUCCACAGAUCCGUCCAAAGGGGUUAUGAUGCGUCGCGAAAGGCCAAAGAGCAUUCGGCAAACGCAACCCCUCUCGAGCAAGGUCUUAUUGAGGCUAUGCAAUACCGCUUUUUGACCAACAAACCUGCAAGUGAUUAUCCUGCUCUUAACAAGGGCUAUGCCGGUGCUAUGAAGCUAGUCUACGAGCAGUACGGGCAUGAUCUGGAUGUUGCCACCUUAUAUGCCGAUGCCCUGAUGAACAUGACGCCCUGGGCCCUCUGGGAUCUGUUUACCGGACUGCCUAAUCCAAAAGCCGCCACACUUGAAGCGCAAACCGUGUUAGAGCGCGCAUUGGCACAAGAGGAAGAUGGCGCAGACCGCAACCCUGGCUUACUCCACCUUUACAUUCACUUCAUCGAAAUGUCUCCAACACCAGAAUUGGGGAUCAACGUUGCUGAUAAACUCCGUGAUCUCGUACCGGACGCAGGUCAUGUUCGGCACAUGCCCACACAUCUCGAUAUAUUGGUGGGUGACUGGCGAAGAUCUCUGGAUUCAAAUUAUAAAUCGACUCUGGCAGACGAUAAAUACUUCCGGAAAUCGGGUGGCAAGAACUUCUAUACCUUUUAUCGACUGCACGAUUAUCACUCUUUGGUUUAUGCAGCCAUGUUUGCAGGAAAGUCAAAGGCUGCCCUUGAUGCAGUGACUCGCAUGGAAUCAACAGUGCCCGAGGAGGUUCUUCGCAUCGAAUCGCCCCCUAUGAUCGACUGGCUGGAGCAAUUCUUAGGUCUUCGUUGGCAUGUCAUGGUACGGUUCGGCAUGUGGGAGGAACUGAAGCAGAAAUGUCUCCCCCAUGAUAAAGAGCUUUAUGCAGGCACAACGGCCACUGCUCAUUAUGCUAAGGGUCUCGCAUAUGCAGCCACUGGUGAUGUCGCCUCGGCUCGACAGGAGCAGGAGCUCUUUUUCAAGGCUUGGGCGUUAGUUCCCGAAAGCCGCCGCGCCUAUAAUGGCAAAAUAGUCGAUGUGCUCAAGGUCGCUGCUGCAAUGCUCGAAGGUGAAAUUGAAUAUCGUUGCCAAAAUUAUGACAAGGCCUUUGAGUCCCUUCGCCGUGCGAUCGAUAUUGAGGAUAAGCUGCCAUAUAGUGAGCCUUGGUCAUGGAUGCAGCCUGUUCGCCACGCCUAUGCUGCGUUACUGAUGGAGCAAGGUGAUCUGGAAGAAGCGGCAAAAACCUAUCGUGCCGAUCUCGGAUUCGACAAAUCAGUUAUUCGACCUCGUCGCCAUCCAAACAAUGUUUGGUCACUUCAAGGAUAUCACGAAUGUCUUGUUCGCUUGGGCAAUACAGAACAGGCUAUUAUGCUCGAGCAUUCAACAAAGUUAGCUCUGGCAGUAGCAGACGUUCCGAUCAAGUCAUCAUGCUUCUGUAGGUUGGAUACUACACAAGCGCCCAAGGUUCUCAACAGGGCCUCCUCCGACAAGUGCUGCUAA